CAGUCUUUCUUCUUAAAAGCAAAACAGAAAAAGAAAGAAGGAGGAUCUAAAGUAACCAUCAGUAAUGGAGAGGCUUUUAUUAAAGCACAAGCGAGGGACGAUGCAGUGAGGACGAGGAAAAACCAGAAGUGCGGUGUAAUAAGAUCCAUCUGAUUCAAGAACCGAAUAUGCUCUCGUUCUAUCUUUGCACGGUGCGUUAUGAACAUGAAACGAGUGCUGAGUUACCCUCGUCGAGCUUCAGUCUUGGAUGAGCAAAGGAAACUCACAAGAGAGUCAGCUAAACCAGAGGCAGGGGGAAGAAUAAUACUGAACGGGUGGUAAAAAUCUAAAAUUCAUCGUGCGGUACUUACCAGUCAUGACAGAACAAACACAUACUGCGAGGGAUAAGAUACAUUUAAGGAACAUCAACAUCAUUACGGACAUGGAAAGUCAUCGGCGAGUGAACUGUGUCAAUGUAGAGCCGGACAAUUCUUCUAUAAAACCUACGGAAAAGUGUAGGACUCGGAAGAAGGUGAUUACCCGCAAAAUAUCUGCAAGGCUCGAGGCUCCUGAUCAGGCAUUGCUAUCUUUUAGAGAUUUUGACGCAGCUAAGAAAUUUUACAAGCGGAGGAUUAAGAUGUUGUCAAGUGUUGCGUGUGUCAUGGGACUUGUAUCGGCUGUCUUAGCACUGGUGGAUAUUGAACUCACCACGCGAGGUAGAGUCUCCGAUGAAGAGCUAUCACCAGGAGAUUUGCGUACUGCUCUUGAUAAUCCGAACAGACUUGCAGCUUUAGUAGUGAAGUCCGUUCUCUCUGUUUUAUCGCUGCUGACCUCCUUCACAAUUUAUCGUAUGAAUGUAAACGAACUCAGCUACUUAAUCGUAAGGAACAUUUACCACGAGUCAGAGAGAUUUGUUAUGACUUCGCUGUUUCCCACCUGUUUGGUAGAAGUGGUUCUUUGUCUGUUUCAUGUUCCGCCUCUGUUAGACCACUAUGGCAUGCCUUAUGAACUUCAGCUUUUGGUUUUCCUAAGAUUAUAUCUGAUGGCAAAGUACGUGAAAGAACACAACAUGUUUGUAGACAAUCGUGCCACAGCAUUGUUCGCAUCUGUGACACAAACGGAGAUCUCGUCCAUUUUCCUAAUAAAAGCCUACUUUUUGAAGUUUCCUUUCCAACUGAUAUUUACAUUUUACUCGCUCAACAUUUUCUUGGGUGGCUAUUGUGUCUACGUUAUCGACAGGGCUCACAAUACUUAUUUGGACACUGUCUGGAUGCUUGUGGUCACCAUGACAACGCUCGGGUUUGGUGAUGUGGUUCCCAAAGCUAUCUUAGCCCGCGCGUUUGUUGGUUUUGCGUCAGUGUUGGGAAUAUUCCUCAUGGCGUUAUUCAUAAGUGUCGUACACGAAUCACUUCAACUUAAACAACAGGAGAAAAGAAUACUAGCGACCAUGGAGAAUGCAGAUCAUCAUUCGGGAAAAAAGAAUCUUGCAGCCACAUGCAUCCAGAACACAUGGAGACUACAUCGCUUUAUACAGGAGAAUACAGAACCCCUCGUGAUGGGAGACUGGUUCAAAUCUGAAAAACUCAGAAUGUUUCAACACAAACUAGCGGAAAGCGUGCGGCGGUGGAGGAUCGCAAGGAAAAGCUGGUCACGAGAUGAUUACUGGAAGAAGUUCUUCUUGGCUGACGACAUUGCCAUGUUGCUGACUGACGUGUCAAGAAGUAUCGGGAACGUUGAAAAUUUUCUCCAGAAGCAAAAUGUCGGACGGCGCACCAGCAGAAACUCAUUGAAAAGCAUUGGAUCUCCGCCGACUAUCUUAGAAGGAGAACAAUCCGAUCAGCCAACCCUACGGGACAAAAACAGAAAAAUACAGGCAGUAUUUGUAGACUCGUGGCGGCCUUCAAACACUGGGCAAACUAAAGAAUCCCCAGCCACGUCAAGACGCACAUACUCUGACACGAGCCACACCCAUCCGGGACAUCUCCAACACCUCUCAUUAACAUACGGUCAUGACAAUCAGACGUCACAUGCAAAACUGAACGAGCUUACUGAAAAUGGUCGGGUCACGCACCCUACUUGUCGGUCACGGUUAGAAAGUGAUCCAAUUGACAGAGGAGAUUUGCCUGCAGACGCUCUACAAGGAAAAGUAGAAUCGCUUGAGAAUUCACUCGAUCAAAUUUAUCGGAAAAUGAAGACCGAGCUUAGAGACGUUAGAGAGUCGAUAAGGAUGAUCAACAGAUAUUCAGCUGGGUCGAGUUCUAGUAUGAGCCCGUCACAGUCUAUGAAAAACAAUAGUAUGUAUCCCUAUCGAUAUUCACGAACAACUGACCACGUCGACGUAUGACGGAACGGGGAAGAAAAUAAUAAUUUAGCAGAGAACAUUUCUCAAGUCACGUUCAGUUGCUGAUCUUAAAGAUCUCACAAAAAAUGCUUCAAACUGGAACAAACCAAGCGGAAGGAAAAAACAGUAUGCAAAAGAAAAACACCAAAGUUGAUCACUCUUGUAGACGACUUUUACCGUGUUUGCUCUCUAUAACCGGACAUUUGUAAAAAAGAGGUCCUCGUGCGUCACACUGGCGUAUCACAGGUCUUACCCUCGUUCUUCAGUGGUGUUUUUUUUUUCGCUCACAUAUUUCAUACUCUGAAAGACUCGAAAUAAAAAGCUUAAAAGAAACUUUGUAAAUCGAGAAAAGUUUACUUUCACCGCAGGAAAAAAAAAUUGGACUCACAUUAUUAAUUUAAGAAUAGAUACUUGAGGGAGUUAAAUAGUUUAUAAUCUCCUCGUACGUUUGAUAAACUAGAAAAUCUCGUGCAGGCCAUGGGAUUUAAGAGAUUAAUCACGAUAGGAGAUUACGUAAAUUCUUCAAGAAUAUAUUAUUUAACUGGGAGGAGUCUCCGUGAUAAUUUCUGAGCUAAGAAGGAGAAGGAUGAGUAGACAGACUAAAUAGCAGAUUUGGAAGGCGCGCUAAGGCAGGUAUCAUAGAAGGGUGGAUGCCUCUUAAUGAAACACCCCUCAUUUCUACCUAAUCAGUGCAGUUCAUAAAGAAAAGGGACAAAAUAAUAAAAAUACUAAGAGCUUGAAAUAAUGAAGAAAUUAGCUUCUAGAGAAACUGUGGAGCCACCAUAGCGGUUGAAGCAAUGUUUAGUUGGUAACGGCAAAUUCUCGUUACUUAUCUUGAACAGCAGGAGUUUUCGUUAGUAGUAAAACAUUCCUAGUUCGCUACAAAGGAGAGGAACACGCAUUUGACACUAUCUUGGAUAACAUUUUGACCAGCGACGGGAUGAAUUUCUUUGACGGUGGUUCAUCGCAACGUCGCCUGUUGGACUGAUCUUGUAACAACCCGAUGUUUUAAGAAUUGCAAGUUGUAUGUUACACAUACUGCUAUUUUUAUGAACUUAAAUAGAUGAUUUGUAUAUAGUAGUAUUUUGUACUGAUAAAACGUUCACUCGAUGCAUUUCUAUGGCUCUGAGCGCUUGAAAUAAAAUUGUGAUGAUGGAAGCAUCAUA